CCUCGCCUUAAGUAUUCCCCUCAGCGUUGAGCCUUUGCUUCGAAUCGCGGAAAACCUGCAAUAGUAUUUGGCAAAAUUAUCUUGUUGCUCAAAGAUCGGCUGUUUCCGAUAGGAAGAAAUUAUGGCUCCGCGCAGGAGAAGCUCCGUGGUCAAGACCACGCAGGUUGCCCAUUCCACGAUUGACGCGGCGAGAGCAGCAAGCAAAACUGAAGAAUCACAAUUGCGCCGGGUCCCCUCUCCGGUGCGAUUUUUGUUGGUGGUCUUCAACAGCUUGCUCUUGAGCUCCGUUCUCUUCACCAUGACAUCCAGUGUCACGCUGGGGGAGUUGGGUCGUGUGAGCAAGCACCUGGAGGCAUGGUGGGAGGUGGGUGGGUUGAUGUUAUGGAAGGCCGUUGAAGUGGGAUUGGCUUGGGUUCUUGGAUUUGACGGCCGUGACGUCUUGUCGUUCACUUUCCUCACUCAUCUGCCGACCUACUCUCUAUUGUGGUCCUUCUAUGGCAUCCGACCAACCACCAUUCUGGCAUCGUAUGGCAUCACUCUAAUUUCCACGGCGAUUCCCUUCAUUCUUCUCCGCCGCCCCUCCUCCGUCCACAAUCUCCGGCAAACCGCGUCGGACGCAGUUCCCAACCGCUCCAUCCUGCAAGAUCGCCCAACGGCCCUCUACACUUCCGUCGCAGCAACAGCCGUCUACUCCGUGGCGCUGUACUUGAGCUAUGCGACCUGGCUCCCAGCUUAUCUGGUCGUGCAUUUCGAGAAUAUCCCGGACAUCAGACUCGCUAACGCCGGCCCCGCCGGUCUCCCGAUUCUAUUUCUCACCCUCCUCCCCGCCGGCUGGGCCGCUCGGGAUUUCCUUUUCGUCAGCUCCACCGGUGCUUCGAGCUCGGACGCCAGCGUGAAGCCGAAAUCUGCAAACGAGGGCGAGUACCUUGUAUGCGGGAUUUACCGUAAAACGUGGGGAACAUUGCCCGCUAAGACAAGGGUUCUUGUUUCGCGCACAGCGCUUCUGGCUAGCAUGGUGGUGCUCAACACCGUCUUCCAGGUUGCGGGGACCGUACGGGGGGUUGAUGUCCCUGGUGCCACGAUGUGGGGUGUCAUCUGGGGUGUUGCGACUGUCGCUGUUGGAGGCAUUUUCGGUUGGAUUGAGGCCGUGGAUGGUGUAUGAUGGGUGGAUCGGGAUGAAUAGAUGCCUGUUAGAGGACGGAGUUGAGUCUUGACUUUCUUUGUCAUGCUAUUCCAUUCGAUUGUGUCGGGGUCAACUCACGUAUCACUUUUUCGUGCUAGGUGUUAGGUUGGUGAAUUUGUGAUGACUAUGAGUGCUUUUGUAUCUCUGAGCGUGUUGUGCCUUGAUGGUUUGAGUUUGUUUCCGUUCGGUUAUCUUCUACUGGAUCUCGUCGCUAGCUCGAAUUCAUGGAACUUCUGUCCAAUUAUGGUCUAUCAUUACUCGUGAG